CGCAUGGGAGACCAGAAAGAAGCACCUGGCUCCUGGCUUCAGAUCGGCACAGCACUGGCUGUAGCAGCCAUUUUGGGGCAUGAACCAAUGGAAGGAAGACCUUUCUCUCUGUCUCUCUCACUGUCUAUAACUCUACCUGUCAAAUAAAUUUAAAAAAAAGUAUAUAAAAAAAAACAAGAGAUUGGCAUCACACUGCCCCUGAAGAUGCCCAGGAGAGACCUAGCGUUGGUCAAAACCCUGCUGAGAGCAGGAACAAGUCUUUCCCUGCCUGCUCCACUUGCCUCCCCAUCACCCUUAAGUAUUAGCACACAGCAGAAAACAGUGUGCAGUGGCCUCGAGUCUCCACUCUAACCCAGUGAAUCAAACAUUUUUCUUGGUUUGCGACAGUUUCCAAUAGUUAUCACUGUAUGUGGAGUUCUUAUACACUAAGGAAAGAAGGGUCCUAGAAUAACGUGGUCACUGAGACAGAACAUGGUACACAGAUAAACCAUGGAACUUGGAGUCAGUGGGUUUCUUUUUUUUUUUUUUUUCUUAUUUGACAGGUAGAGUUAUAGACAGUGAGAGAGAGAGAGACAGAGAGAAAGGUCUUCUUUCCGUUAGUUCACGCCCCUAAUGGCCGCUACGGCUGGCACUGUGCUGAUCGGAAGCCAGGAGCCAGGUGCUUCCUCCCGGUCUCCCAUGUGGGUGCAGGGGCCCAAGCACUUGAGCCAUUCUCCACUGCCUCCCAAGGCCACAGCAGAGAGCUGGACUGGAAGAGGAGCAACCGGGACUAGAACCCAGCACCCCAACAGGUACUAGAACCCGGGAUGCCAGCACCACAGGCGGAGGAUUAGCCAAGUGAGCCAUGGCACCGGCCACCAGUGGGUUUCAUUUUAGCACCAUGAUAGUACUCUUGACCUUAAACACAUUAGUACAUUUUCUUCUUUACAAUUUUUAUUUAUUUAUUUUUAUUUGUUUGUAAGGUAGAGAGAGAAAGAGUUGGAGAGAGAGAAAGAGAGGGAGAGAAGAGAGAGAGCUCUUUCAUCCACUGGUUCAACCCCCAAAUGCCCACAACAGAGGCUGGCUCAGGCUGAAACCAGGAACCUAGAACUCAGUCAUGUCUUCCAUGUGGGCAGCAGAGACACAAGUACCUGAGCCAUCACCUGGUGCCUUACAGAGUACACAGUAGCAGGAAACUGGAACGAGGAGCAGAGCCAAGAUUUAAAAUAAUGCACUCUUGGGGGCCCUUGUUGUGGCAUUGGGGGUAAAGCCACAGCCUGCAAUGCCAGAAUCCUAUGUGGGCACAGGUUUGAGUCCUGGCUGCUCCACUUCUGAUCCAGCUCCCUGCUAAUGCACCUGGGAAAGCAGCAGAAGAUUGUCCAAGUCCUUGGGACCCUGUACCUACGUGGGAGACCUGAAAGAAGUGCCUGGCUCAUGGCUUUGGCUUUGGCUUUGGAUAGGCCAUUGAAGCCAUUUGGUUCAUGAACCAGAGGAUAGAAGAUCGAUUUCCUCUCUCUCUCCUCUCUCUCUCUCUCUCUACCUUUGCUUCUCUGUAACUCUGCCUUUCAAGUAAAUAAAUAUAUCUUUUUAAAAUAUGCACUCUGAUAUGAGAUACAGGCAUCCCAAGUGGCAUUUUAAUUUCUGUGCCAGGAGCCCCAAGAUUUUAGAUUUUCUGAGCCUUGGUUUUAUAAUCCAUACAAUAGGCAUAGUAACACCCAUCACUCAAUAAACAGUAGUUCCUUCUGGAAAUAAAAAUCACACAUGCAUCAGGUAAUUGGCAUUUAAGUGGGCUGAUGUGUAAACUCCAAACCAUUAAGUAAUUAUCAGACAUUAUUAAUUCAGCGUAAAGUAUUUAGGAAGCUUGACAUAUACCCGAUACCGAGAUGAGCACUAGAGGAAACGGAAGGCUGGAUAAAGCAGGGCCUGCCCUCCAGGAGAGAGUUGCUGGAAAAGAAAAAAAAGGCAAUGAAGGCCUCUGUGGCCUGCAUGAGUAUCCACACUCCCCACACCUGGCCUUCCCUAGGGGACAUCUGACACCUUCACUCUGGCCAACACAGGAGCGCUUGCCCAAACUGCCUCACCCAGGUGCCCCAGGGACAGGGCUGCAGGGUGGUGAAUUUCCAAAUCUUCAGAAUAAGUAGACAAAGGAUUCUCACAGCAAACAAAAUCUGACCUGAGUGCCAUGGGGAAGUUGUUGUAGGUCUGAUGGGGGAGGUUAUCAAGGACAAGGAGAGGAAAAACACCAUCGGUCUGUUUUUCUCUUCUGCUGCUGGAGGAUCAAGCAGUCCAGGGUUACUGAUUCCCAGCCCCGUCAGCUGGGCCUGCUGCUUUUAAGCUCCUUUUGUUUUAUUUCCCUCUGCCUUCUGAGAAGAUAGAAAAUGAGUAAGGGGCAGAUUUCUUGCCCAACUAUGACUCAGGAGAAAGUUCAGCCACAGAACAGGCAAGCGUGGCAGUGCCUUAGAGAAAAAAGGCUUGUCGAGGCUGGUCGCAGGUAGAUCCACCCCAGAUUCUUGAGAGAAGGCACCUCCUUCGUCAUACAUUCUAAGAUCCCCAGAGUUCAGGAAGAAACCAUCGGCUUUGGUACUGACCGCCUGGUACGAUGUACUCAGCAGGCCCUCUGUGAGUACAACAGAAGCUUCUCUACAACAUGACCCACAGGGACCCCACAGGGCCUGUCUGCAGCCUGACACUUGUGGCCCUCCUGGUCAUCCUAAGCACAGAACACCCAUCCCUGGGAGCCGGGAUACAGCUUCGAGACAAUGGGUAUGAUGGAGUCCUCGUGGCAAUAAAUCCUCAGGUAGCUGAGAAUCAGAGCCUCAUCUCAAACAUUCAGGAAAUGAUAACUGAAGCUUCCUUUUAUCUAUUCAAUGCUACCAAGAGAAGAGUGUUUUUCAGGAACAUACAUAUUUUAAUACCUGCAACAUGGAAAGCAAAUAAUUACAGCAAAGCAGUACAUGAAUCAUAUGAAAAGGCGAAUGUCCUCGUGACUGACUGGAAUGGGGCCUAUGGGGAUGACCCAUUUGCUCUGCAAUACAGAGGGUGUGGACAGGAGGGAAAGUACAUUCACUUCACACCUGCCUUCCUACUGAAUGAGAAAUUUACAGCAGGCUAUGGCGCACGAGGCAGAGUGUUUGUCCAUGAAUGGGCCCAUCUCCGUUGGGGAGUGUUUGAUGAAUAUAACAAUGACAAGCCUUUCUACAUAAAUGGGCAGAAUCAAAUUAAAGUAACAAGGUGUUCAUCUGACAUCACAGGCAUCUUUGUAUGUGAAAAAGGCCAUUGCCCCCAAGAAAACUGUAUCAUUAGUAAGCUUUUCAAAGAAGGAUGUGUGUUUAUCUACAACAGCACCCAAAAUGCCACUGCAUCAAUAAUGUUCAUGCAAAGUUUAUCUUCCGUGGUUGAAUUCUGUAACGCAAGUACCCACAACCAAGAAGCUCCUAACCGCCAGAACCAGAUAUGCAGCCUCACAAGUGCAUGGGACAUAAUCACAGCCUCGGAUGACUUUAACUGCAGCGCUCCCUUGGGUGGGAUUGAGCUCCCACCUCCUCCCACGUUCUCCCUUGUGCAGGCUGGUGACAAGGUGGUCUGUCUCGUGCUGGAUGUGUCCAGCAAGAUGGCCGAGGCUGACAGACUCCUUCGACUGCAACAAGCAGCAGAAUUUUUUUUGAUGCAGAUUGUGGAAAUUCACACUUUUGUGGGCAUUGCCAGUUUCAGUAGCAAAGGAGAGAUCAGAGCCCCGCUACAGCAAAUUAACAGCCGAGAUGACCGAAAGCAGCUGGUUUCACACCUGCCUACCACUGUGUCCACUGAAGCAGAAAUCAGCGUCUGCUCCGGACUAAAGAAGGGGUUUCAGGUGGUGGAAAAGCUGAAUGGCAAAGCUUACGGCGCUGUGAUCAUAUUAGUGACCAGCGGGGCUGAUGAGCACGUUGGCAGCUGCUUGCACAGUGUGCUCACCAGCGGCUCAACCGUCCAUUCCAUCGCCCUGGGAUCAUCGGCAGCCAGAACCCUGGAGGAAUUAUCACGUCGUACAGGAGGUUUAAAGUUCUUCGUUCCGGAUCAAUCAAACUCCAAUAGCUUGAUCGAUGCUUUCAGUAGAAUUUCCUCUGGAACUGGAGACAUUUUCCAGCAAAGUAUCCAGCUUGAAAGUACAAGUGAAAAUGUUAAACCUCACCAUCAACUCAAAAACACUGUGCUUGUGGAUAACAGUGUGGGCAAUGGCACUGUCUUUCUAGUCGCAUGGCAGACCAGUGGUCCCCCUGAGAUUGUACUAUUUGAUCCUAACGGAAGAAAAUACCACACAAACAAUUUUAUCACCAACCCUGCUUUCCAGGCAGCUAGUCUUUGGAUUCCAGGAACUGCUAAGCCUGGGCUCUGGACUUACAUACUGAACAAUACCCACCAUUCUCCUCAAGCCCUAAAAAUGACAGUGGCCUCUCGUGCCUCCAGCUCAGCCAUGCCCCCAGUCACUGUGGAAGCCUUUGUAGACAGAGAUACCACGAGUUUUCCCCACCCUGUGAUGAUUUAUGCAAACGUGAGAAAGGGGUCCUAUCCUAUCCAGAAUGCCACUGUAACCGCUACCAUUGAGCCGGAGACUGGAGAGCCUGUUAUGCUGAAACUUCUUGAUGAUGGAGCAGGUGCUGAUAUUAUAAAAGAUGACGGAAUUUACUCAAGGUAUUUUUUCUCCUUUGCUGUAAGUGGUAGAUACAGCUUGAAAGUACAUGUCAGCCACUCUCCCAGCAUACAUGUCCUCGCACACUCUGUUCCAGGGAGCCAUGCCAUGUAUGCACCAGGAUACAUAGCAAACGGUAAUAUUCAGAUGAAUGCACCGAGAAACUCGGUGGGCAGGAGAGAGGAGUGGGCUUUUAGCCGAACGAGCUCAGGGGGCUCCUUCUCAGUGCUGGGAGUCCCAGCCGGCCCCCACCCUGAUGUGUUUCCACCGUGCAGAAUUACAGACCUGGAAGCUGCCAGAGCGGAAGAGGAGGUGACCUUAUCUUGGACAGCGCCUGGAGAAGACUUCGAUCAGGGCCAGGCUACAAGCUAUGAAAUAAGAAUGAGUAAUAGUCUACAGAAUAUUCAAGAUGACUUUCACAAUGCCAUUUUAGUGAAUUCUUCAAAGCUAAAUCCUCAGCAAGCUGGCACCAGAGAGAUAUUUAUAUUCUCACCCACAUUUUUCAUAAAUACACCUGAAUAUCAACUUGUUCGAGAAACCCAAGACAGCCACAGAAUUUAUGUGGCCAUUCGAGCAGUGGAUAGAAACUCCUUAAAGUCUGUUGUAUCUAACAUUGCCCAAGUGUCUCUGUUUAUUCCCCCAAAUUCUGUUCCUGUGCUUGCCAGAGAUCAUCUUAUAUUGAAAGGAGUUUUAAUAGUGAUUGGUUCAAUAGGAAUGAUUUGCCUUAUUAUAGUUGCAACACAUUGUACUUUAAAUAGGAAAAAGAGAGCAGACAAAAAAGAAAAUGGAACAAAAUUACUAUGAAGAAGCCUAUACACUACCUUCUUUCUUAAAUAUAAGACCUAGGACCUUCAUACUUUGUAAAAACUUACCAACAAAACCAAAUUAAUGUAAAAAAUGUAUUAAAAUCCAUUGAGUUUUAUAAACUACAGGUCAAAUUUUUGCAUGAUAAAUAAAAAUAUUCUGUAAUACUCAUUUUUGGAGAGUGAACUAGAUAGCCCUUAGACUGGCUAUGGAGAAACAAUAAAAGUUACUCUUCAAGAUAAUUCUGUUAAAAGCAAAGGCAAAGGCAAAGUUGAAUUAAAGCCAAGAAAUCGAUGUUUAAUUGAAGUAGAGAAAAGUUUAGGUAGCUGUGUGAAGCAAUUGCUUAGUUACUUUGAUUAAUUUUCCUUUUAUCCUUAUCUGUAUGGAAUAGGUUGCUUGUUUAUGACUGAAGAUCAAGUUGCAUUUUAUAUACGAAGCCCCUGUUGUAGAGUUCUUUACCUCUUGCCUUUUGGUUAAAUAUCCCACAGUUCAAACUCCAUAAUUGCUCAAAGAGAUCUUUUUUCAAUGUAGGAAAUAACCUUAAAAUAUGGGUAUUAUCCUUGUUCCUUCAUAAUGCUUUUGUAACAAAGGUUUAUUGAAUUUAUUGUUUAUCAAAGCAAUGUUCUCAGUUACUGCCUUGAGAAUUAUAGGAUGAAAAUGGUUAGAACUCUCACAAGGCUUUAAGUCAAGAAUAAAAGAUAUUAUUCUGAGUUUAUUUUAAUACAUAAAUGACUCAUAUGCUUUUAUUCAAUUUCAACCAAAGAAGAGGUCAGCUGGAGAGAUCAGUGUUUGGAAAUUGUCAGGUUGUUCUGCUCAUUUGUUAAAUAGGGUCUGGAAACCUUUUUGUCAUAGAGCUAUUUACCAAGAACAAGGGAACAGUGAAGCACAGGCCACAGUGAAAUGAAAAUCCUCUUUCACCUAAUUUUACUUUUAAGUUUUAAAAAAGGGAAUUGAGCAAGAAAUCAUUUGGUUUUUAAAUUAAAGAGCUUAAAAUUUUAUUGAAUAUAUAUAAUAAAUAAUGUAGAAUAGAUCUCAGUUUUGUAACUAGAUCCAAUUAAGAAUGAAAACUUGAUUAUGUUUUGGGGAGGGAUAUGUGGGGAACUGGAACAGGAAGAAAGAGACCGUAUGAAACCCUGAGUGAGAGACUCAUAGCAGUGCUGGCAGGGGCGGGGGGACAGCAGCAAAUUUCUCUGCCCAGGUCUCCCUCCCCCUUGAAUAUUACACUACAGCCUGUUGUGAACUUACCCACAUGAACUUCUAAGUCUCACAGUGGCUGCAUCCUCACAGAAUAAAUGACAAAAAUAGAAAUUUGCAUGUGUGUACAUAUAUGUAAUGUUUACAUAUGAAGUGAAUAUGGUAAAAUCUUAAACCUUGUUAAAUGUUGAAAAAUGUUAAAGAUUGUAUUCAUUGAAAUCUUUUUUACACUUUUAUGUAUUAUUUGAAAUAUUUUCAAAUAAAAAGACAAACUGUGUAUCUCCAGA